GCGAAGUAGUUCCUACAGCUUCUCGUCUCAGGUGUCAGGGUCGAGAAUUAUCCCGGACCCCUCUGACCCAGGACAAACACGGGAGAAACAGAACUGGGCGAGGCGCGGUUAAUCCCUCCUCAGAGUGCAGGAAGAUGAGGCAAAAGCGCUGAAGACUGGAGGGCUGACCCGGGUGGAAGCGCCUGACCGCACACUGACACCGUCUGAUCCCGGACACUGCCGCGGUCUGAUCCGGGUCAGACAGAGUGAGAAUACUGUAAGGGGAACCCUCGUUAAUCCGGUUCGAAGUGGGCCGAGCCAGUUCGCGAGAAGAGCAGUCCGGAAUACUGGGGGUUCACGGCGGCGGAGCGGCCCGGAACACAGGGGGUUAACGCCGGGGAGCGGCGGCGGAGCGGCCCGGAACAUAGGGGGUUAAGGCAGUCUCGGACUGGGGCUGGUAGUCGGCGAGGGGACGGACAGGGAGAGAGUGGCUCCGCGCAAAAUCGGGUGGUCCCAGGCGGGACAGCAGUGAUUCCAGUUCCGACGCUCCCUGCUCCCGAUCUACAUGUAGACAGGAAGUGAAGGCGGUGCCUUGCCACAGUCGGGAUCCAGGCUGAGCCUUCACGGGAGUAUGAAGGACGGGCAGCGAUGGACGUGUAGGUUCUGCUGGGUGUCUGCUAUUGUUGGAUUUCAGCUCCUGACCACCCUCCAGUGCUCCUGGGGACACAGAAAGGUGCCGCAGCGGAAACCGCGGCAGGCAGCAGGUGGGCAGGAGCCGGGCGAUGGUGCCCCGGGCGUGUGGAGCUCCUGGGGCCCGUGGUCAGCGUGCUCGGCCAACUGCGGGCCUGGAGUGGCGAAGCAGAGCCGGAGCUGCCUGCCCCGGGAGCCGGUGGUGCCCGGCUGGGCGCUGCGGGAGUCGUCGGCAGCCAGCCCGCGCCAGUGGCUGCCCUACGCCAGCCGCUCCGUCUCGGCUUUGAUGCCCAGCUAUCCACUGCACGUUGACAGCCAACCCCCUGCUUUUGCCCGAGGGAGGCCCCCGGCAUCCAGUGCGCAGCAAGUUCCCGCCAGAGGCCGGCUGUCCAAUCACAUCUCGCUGCCGCUCUACGGUGAUGGCCUGGCCAGCGGUUGGCCGGAGAGCCAGGCGUCCCAGGGCCCGGCCAAUGAAGGACAGAGCUACGGGCAGCUGACCAAUCGAGGCUACGUACCCCUCUACCGGCAGGGUCAAGCGUCCAAUCAGCAGAGACAGCGGCUCCCAGCCAGUCGGAACCUGAACCCCUCCUACGGGGCUGUGGCCCUGACCAAUCGGGAAACCAGGCCACGCCACGCCCCGGGGGCUCUGUCCAAUCAGGGAGUGGGAUCAGGCUCCCAGCCCAGGCAGAGGAGCGCUCCGUUCUGGAGAGGGUCGACAGAGAACAGUGGGCACUCCUGGGUGAGGCAGGAGCAUCGUCCUGCUAACAGGAGCCGCAGCCGGGCUGAGAUCCGCCCAGGUCUGUAUGGCUAUGGUAAAAUCCCUGCUGACUUCCAGCUGCGAAGCCCCCUCCAGCCCUCCGCCCACCAACGGUCCCGCCCCAGAGGGUCGGGUGCCCCCCCGCCCGCCGAGUCCCCGUUGGGGCAGCAGAGACGGCAGCGGAGGGGGCUGCCGUCAGCGGAUCGGAGGCGGGACGAUGGCCUGGCCCUCUGGGGUCCGCCGGAGACGCCGUCCCACCACAAGCCCCGGGAGUACCGGGGGCCCCCACGGCGCCAGAAAGCCCAGCUGAGCCGGGGGCGAGAGGAGGCGGCGGGUCGGGAGGGGCGCGACCCCAGCAGCCGCAGCCGCAGCCGCAGACCUCGAAGGCAGGACCAUAGAGCCGCAGCUCAAGCCAGCGGGCAGGAGUGGGGUCCGUACCCUGCACCGUUGGCCAGAUGCCCAGGAGCCAGUACCCAGUACAAGAUCUGCUCCCCCACGGCUUGUCCCUCUGGGAUAUCGGACCCUCGGAGAGAGCAGUGUGCUAGCUUCAACGCGCAACCGUUCAUGGGGCGUUACUACGAGUGGGAGCCGUUCACUGAAGUGCGGAAGGAACAGCGCUGUGAGCUGAACUGUCGUCCGGUCGGUUAUCGCUUCUACGUCCGGCACGCGGACCGAGUGUCGGACGGGACUCCGUGUGAGGCCAACUCCAGCCUUGUGUGUGUAGCUGGGCAGUGUCUGACUGCGGGCUGCGAUGGGUUGCUGGGCUCUGAGACGAAGCCGGACAAAUGUGGAGUGUGCGGUGGCGACGAAUCCACCUGCCGUGUGGUAUUUGGCACCUUCGAGGACCCCAAAGUCCCCGUGGGUUACCACAAGAUCCUCGAGAUCCCCAGGGGAGCGAAGAAGAUCAACGUGACUGAAAUGGGCCGGAGCCACAACUACCUGGCCCUCAGGAGCCAAUCCGGUGAAUCGAUCAUUAAUGGGAACUGGGCGAUUGAUCGGCCUGGGACGUACGAGGCAGCCGGGACCACGUUCACGUACGUGCGGCCCGUGGAGACCAAUGGCGAGUCCUUCUAUGCCGAGGGACCCACCAGCGAGGGCCUGGACGUAUAUAUGAUCUUUCAGCAGGACAAUCCUGGGAUUCAUUACCAAUUUAUUCUUCCCGUGGAAAAUCCCCUGCCCUCGGUGCAGAAUCCCCUACCCUCGGUGCAGAAUCCCCUGCCUCCCCAUCGUGGCUACGGAUCCCGGACACCGGUGGAUCGGAGAGAGGUGUCAGCCUUGGGCAGCGGGCCCACCCUGAGCCACCAGCCGAGCGUCCACUCCCCCAGAGUCCGCGGGGCGCAGCGAGAUCGCCGUCUCCAGGUCUACCACCCGCCUGCACAGGAAGAUCCCACCAGGGUCCAGUCUGGCUACCACUGGAAGUCUCUGAGUUCAACCGAGUGCUCAGUCACCUGUGGGAAAGGCGUCCGGUUGCCGGUCUACAGUUGUGUGAGCAUCAGCACGCAGGAGGUGGUGGACGACACGCUGUGCGACAGGGCGACAAAGCCUGAUAGGGUGGAGCAGCUGUGUAACACUCAGCCCUGCCCUGCGUUUUGGAGUGUCGGAGGCUGGUCGGAGUGCAGCCGCACAUGUGGAGCGGGGACGCAGCAUCGCCAGGUUCUCUGUCGACAGUCGUACGCCAACCGGACGGUGGCCGUUCACCCCCACCGGUGCCGGGACCUGGACAAGCCCAACGCAACCCAGCCGUGCCAGAACCGUGCGUGUACCCACUGGCAGAUACAGACCGACUGGGAAUCGUGCUCUGUGCCCUGUGGUGUCGGACAGCGAAGACGGCGUAUCCGUUGUGUCAGUAACCAGGGCGACGUGGUGGGUGAGGACGAGUGCAGUGGGAAGCAGAAACCUACAGAGAGCGAGGCCUGCGACAUGGGUCCCUGUGUCAGCGCCUGGUUCCACACCAACUGGGGCAGCCAGUGCUCGGUGGCGUGUGGGGUCGGUGUGCAGAAACGGACGGUGCUGUGCUUGGCCGACGGUGUGAAGGAGCAGAAGCCAGGGAACUGCGAGGGCCCGCGGCCCGCCGACACCCGGGCGUGCACCCGCGAGAACUGCCACAGCCAGGUCCGCUGGUUCACCAGCCCCUGGGGCCAGUGCGCUGUGGAGUGUGGGAAUGGAACACAGAGCCGGGACCUGAUCUGUGUCACCAAGUCGGGGAGUGAUUUCAUGGUGAUGCAGCCGUCGGACUGCGCCCACCUGAACAAACCAGCCACGGUGCAGGCGUGCAGUUCCGGACCCUGCGGAGCCCGCUGGUUCACCACCGGCUGGGGUGAGUGCUCCAAGUCAUGCCAAGGGGGAGUGCAGACGCGGGAGGUGCGGUGCCUGGACGAUGCCAGUUACCCGAGCAGCCAGUGCCCGGAGCAGGAGAGGCCACUGGAACAGCGGGUGUGUCACACUCACCCCUGCCUGCCCGAACUUGACGCCAGCUGCAAGGACACGUACUACAACUGUGCACUGGUGGUGCAGGCCCGUCUGUGUGUCUAUUCCUACUACAAGAUGAUGUGCUGUGCCUCGUGUACCCACGCCGAGCGGCGAAUGAACGGCCAGCGACCGAGAGCAGCGGGCCGCAGGGCGGGUGCCUGAACCCGUGGACGGGGGCCAGUCUUCUCACGGGUCUUUAUUUCACCCAGAUCUGUCCACUCGUCUGCUCGAUCCCUGGCCUCAUCCUCGGGUGAGCGAACUUUCAGCAUAACCACAGCUAAACUCUAACAGACGCAAUGAUAGUUCCUCUAUAAGACCAAGCACCCGGAUCAGGAAUGUGCUCAAAACUAUUUAUUUAUUUAUUAUAUUCAAUGGCAGAGGUUGCGGCUCUUGGUCACCG